AAAGCUCGCCGAUCUCUCACGCUCUCUCUUUUCUCUCUGUCGUUUGAUCGUUGAAGAGCAGAAAUCGGUUCUCGACCGUCAAGGUAACCUUGGUGCUAGUUGUUCUCUGGAUUCCCUUCCCAUCAAUUAGGUUUAGAUGGUUUCAAAUAUGCAGGUUUUGUGGAAGCUGACUGUUUACUCGUUACAUUCCAUGUUGCAUGGAAUCAGGCCUAGUUGUUGCAGGCGGGUGCGUGUCCAAAUGUCAGACUUGCCUAUUUUGCAAAUAUCUUCCCAUGAUUUUGAAAUACCAAGGGUACUCAUGUCCUGUACCCAGGUGUUGGACAUGGGAUCUUUAGGUUGGAGUUAAGGAUUCAAGUACCAAAUCUUAUGUGUCUUGUGUUUGAAAUAUAUCCACACAAUAGUUAACGCGGGAGCUCUGGAAUAGGGGGCAUAUCUACAUGUACAGGCACUUUUUUUGGUCAAUUCAGCAACUGAAGAAUGAAACUGAUUAUGAAAUUGUGUUCUCAUCUGUCAUUAGUUUGUGAUCUGCUGCGCUUUCAAAGCGUUAUAAGUUGGCCUUGGUAUUGAGACUUGAGAGAGCAAACUGUAGAGUUACUAAAGAUUCUCUGUUUAGUUCUCAGUAUAGACAUUGUUCCUUUGGAAUUCACUUUUACGACAGAAUCAUGCUACUCAAAGAAAUAGAAGCUCUGAUAAGGGAAAAAAAAAAUAUCUUUGAUGCUUAUUUUGUGGGCACAAUGACCUUUAGAACCAUCAUGAUGAAAUUCUAAAUAGAGAUGCAAGAUUUUUGGUCCAUUAAGCAUUCUGAGGGGGUCUAGGGCAGCAGUGUUAUAUGAAAGAUCUGGUCAUAAUCCAGAGUUUGCUCCAAUCUCUGCCCUGAAGUGCUGAGAUGAUCACUUCAUCCAGCACAAUCUUUUGAUUAGGCAGAGGUUUAUUAUUUUUGUCCUAAAAUUUUCUGGGCGUGAUGGAAUGCAUCAAUGAAUUAUUUCCUUGAGUUCUCAUAUUCAAAGUUUUUGUAACUUUGGCUGCUUAAGCUGGAGUUCUGAAGUAGGUGUCAAUAUGGAUAUACUGAUUCGCUAUUUGCGUCCUGCUGGAUCAUGCACAGACUAGUUUAUUGCAGUUGCUUAAUUCCACUUUGGAGACUCUUGUCUGCAAGGGAUGAAACUAUAAUGUGUGGCUUCUUGUGCUGAAGAAACAUGGCUGUAGGACUUUUAGCAGGGAGUGCAGUAUGUUGGAUGCUGCUUUAAUGACUGUUGAAUUAUUGAUCUGAUGAUGUUUGAGCUUUCCACAUGUGGUAGGUUGUUCUAUUUCUACUCUUGUGGUGAGUAAAUACCAAUUAGAGUAACAGAGCAACCGUAAUCAGCAGCCUUGAUGGUGGUGAUGCUUAUUCUAGCAAAACGACGUGAUGCCUUCAAGAUGAUAGUACAUUGGAUGAGGAAGAAUGUUGCUUACAUUUGGUAUUAAGUUUUUGCUCAAUGCCAUAAUAUGAUCAUAACUGUUUAUAUGGAGGGUGCUGGGCUCCAAAUUAAACGCUUGUUGCCGCUUUUAUGCUCAUGUGGAUUGUAGCUGUUCUUCUGACAAGGUGUCAUGUGGCCUGCUAUCAAUUGUGCAGUUGCUAGAGUUGGAUUUAUGAGAUCUAUCCUAAUCGCUAUUUAGGAUGUUUUUCUUUGACCAGCCUCUCGUAAUGCUAGAGUUUGCCGCCUAUUUGUGUAGAAGCUUCUGUCUGCUCCAAGGGCCUUCAAUUAUUUGUAGGGCACAUAAAUGUGCCUCAAUUUGUAUUCUUAAGCACCAGUAUCAAUCAGUUGCAUGGAUUUGUUUUGACAAAUAGCCAACAAUCUCUGGCUCUUCUCACAGAACACUUCUUCUUUCUGUUUAAUUAGAGAAAUUCCUGUAAGCAAAAAUGUGAAAGACAUGGUCAUGGAAGGCUUUGUAAAAUUCAAGCAGUGUAUAUGCUUCUCAUCAUUUUCAUUAUUUUCGUCAUUUAUUUAGUAAAAUCCUAUAAGGCCAUCCUGAAAAUUAUGAAAAAUUCAUUUGCAUACAAAGAAAUUCUUAUGCCUUUCAAAAUUUCUGUAUAAUUAAUUUAAAAUUUUUGGCUCAAAACCAAUGCCUAUAUCUGUUUUGAUCCAAACUAAAUGCCUGUAUCCAGACUGUGGCUGGAACAGUGCUUAACUUCGAAGCUUUUGAGAUUGGAAGGAUAGAAAAGAAGCAUCAAGAAGAAUCGUGGAUGGUGACAAUUCCUUUGAGCUAAUGUUACUUAUAAAGAAGCUAAAUUAAUACAUUUAGGCACACAUUAGUUUCUUAGAGCUACAAUAAAUAUUUAUAAUCUCUGUUAUAAUUACUACUAUUAUUUUUUCCUAAGUAUUAAAUUUGAUCAUAAAAUAACAAACAAGCAUUUUAAGCAACAACUUAUAAUUCGUCUGUUGAGGGCAAAUAUUUUAGGAUGCCUAAAUGUUCCCAGCAUUGCUACGUAUGCAGCUGUUAUGCCACUAGAGAAACAUCACCAUUGUCUUGUUAUAUAUGUUGGGAAAAAGUAGUAUGUUUUGUGAACUCUUUUGGGGUUUUGUUUUAAAUUCCUAUUAUUUUCAAUUUUUUUAUUACUAAUAUUAUAUUAUUUAUCAUUGUCAUCAUUAUUAUUGUUGCUUGGCCAUUUCUCUAGCAGCUGAAAUUCAGCAAAUAUUUUUGCUAGUUCUUCAUCGAGUUCUUGAUCCUAGAUUAUUUCCCACUUUGACCCUAUCCAUCCAAUUAUUUCUAUACCAUUGAUUGUGAUCCAUCAGAGCUAACAAUUAAUCUUUUGGUGUCAAAGAUGGUAUUAUGCAGUGUGAUAAACCAAUAGUUUUCUCCAGGAGUAAUAUUUCAGGUAAUUUUGUUGAAGGCAUGAUUUAUAGUUUGCCGCAGGAUAUGUCUUGUCAGUACAGGUGUUGAAAGCAUUAAGAUGUUUCAUUAGCUAGCUGCUCACUUUUAUUUCAGAUGAUGCAUGAAAUGCCUGUGAUUGUACUCCUGGUUCCUCUUGGAUCAUUAAUGCAGGUGCAUGAAAAAGGGAGAAAAAAUGUUGGUGUAUUUUGGAGAAACAGGGAUAUACAACUGAGCACCACUAGUCCUCAUUUAUCUAGCCAUAUGAUCCUCUGAUCCAGAUUUAGGUUGUCAUUUUCUUAAUAUUUCGAUUAUUGACGCAUUACUGUUAUGGGGCAUAGGCAUUUAUUUAGCACGUCCCAAAUGUUUGAGAAUGAGCACCAGCAUUGGAAUCAUAUGCAUGGAGAGCAACCCUACAUGCAUUCAGCCAGGACUACUGCUGCUGAAAAUGGUUCUCUUGUUCAUCCUGUUGAAAAUAUGUCAAUAGAUGGAGUUCAUUUUUCAUCUCACUGGAAUACAACACCAAGGUCAAAUGGUUAUUCUUCCUCAAGCCACAAUAUUGAAGUCCCACAUUAUCGAACAGAUGUUUCAGGCCCAUCUCAUGAUCCUUUUCUGCAUCCUUCUGCUGCUGGAAGCUUCUGUGUUGCUGCAGAUAAUUAUGCUUACCAUGCAUCGUCUUCCAAUUAUGAGAGACAAACAUUUCAUGGGAUUGAAGGAGGUUUUAUUGAUCACUCACUGGGUAGUGUAAGAGGGCCAUACAAACGAAAAAGCCCUGGGAUCCCUGCAGUAUGUGAGAGAGGAAGCUCUAGCAGAUAUUUUAGUGCUGGAAGCUCCUCUGAUCUCUCGAUAUCGUCCGAUUCAAGGCAGGAUAAGCCAAAUACUGAUUGUCAGCAUUCAUUUUGGGAUCCUGUCACCAUGACCUCUUGCUAUAGAGGCAAUAGCCUUUCGAUCGGAGGUGAAUCUUCUCUGAGGAAUGUGAGAAGCAGGUCUGCGCUCGACCUAGAAUCCAACUUAGCUAGGACCCAUUUGUCAAGCAAUCAAUUGCACCAUCCAUAUGCAGCAGGCUAUCCCAAUGACCAUCCUAGUUCUGUGGAUCUUUCUGGUCAGAGUUCUGUUGUUUCAGCUCGGGAAUGGAACCAAGUACAUGUAUCUCAUGCUGCUCAUGGAAGGGCUCCUGUUUCAGAUGCCAGUGGUUUAAACCAUGAACCAAUGCACUUCCUUGUUGGAAGUAGUACUGGCAAUGCUUCUGUUGAUAUUGGAGGAUACCAUCAUGAUUUCAUUUCAAGCAGAAAUCCCAUUCAGCAAAAUUUUAUUGGUACCUCUUCUCAAUGUCUGAGGGGGGUUCGCAGUAGCUAUUCUCAAAGGUCUACUCCAACUUUCAGGGCUUCCUCAAGCAGCUUGCGCUUGGGACAGGUAGGAGUGUCAGAUGAAGGUAUGCAGUUGGUAGCAGAAAAUUAUUCCUCUAGGCAUCCUCGGCCAUUACCCAUUGUUGGAUGGCGUAAUGGUGAUAGAAGCGGAAGAUCAAGGAUGUCUAAUGAACGAUAUCGAUCACUCUCUGAUGAAGCAGGUGUCCGUGAUCGAUUGGCAUCUGAAGGUCUUAUGUUUGUAGAUCGCGCAGCAUUGUACAGCUCCAGAAAUUUGUUUGAUCAGCACAGGGAAAUGCGGCUAGACAUAGACAACAUGAGUUAUGAGGAACUACUUGCCCUAGGCGAAAGAAUUGGGAAUGUCAGUACAGGCUUGUCUGAAGAUCUGAUAUCCAAGUGUUUGACAGAGACAAUAUAUUGUUCAUCAGAUCAGAUUCAGGAGGAAGGGACGUGUGUGAUUUGCCUGGAAGAAUACAAGAACAUGGAUGAUGUUGGGGCGUUGAAAAUUUGUGGACAUGAUUACCAUGUUGGCUGCAUCAAACAAUGGUUGUCUAUGAAGAAUUCUUGCCCAAUCUGCAAAGCUACUGCUCUAGUUGAUAAUAUGAACGGAAAAUGAUCAUUCACCUCACCUUGCCUUUGUUUUAUUUAAUUCCUGUAAAUAUAUUUGGGAUACCCUUCAAAUGAUUGAGACACAGACUUCUUUAGGGAAUUUGUAAAGGGAAUGAUCAAUUUAUUUGUUCUAGCUCUUUCAUCCUCGACUCCCAAA